AUGUCGUUUACUGAGAGAAUCUGCUGCUGUUCUGGAGAAGAGGGUCAUAGCGAGUGGUGUUUUAAGACCCGGCUUGAGCAACUGCAGCAAUCCCCACUGGAUGAGGGCCAGGCUCCGGACUUUCCUCCAGACUCCAGCGGAACCGGCUCUGUGGCCGGCGAUGCCCGGGAACCUCCGUCGCCGGUGGGGCUGUCCGCGGUGGCAUAUGCAGCUGUGAGCGAGACACUUCUCGAUCGGUCGAUGGAGGCCAUCCAAUCGGUGGACUUCGUGGACCUCGAGAUUCUGCGUGGCACGACGCUGAGGGCCUCUUUGAGGGGAUUGGGCAGACUGUGGCGAUACAACCCCAUCAACUUGAGCCCAGAAGAACGACAGGCCUUGUAUCUCAAGUCCAAGCCAGUCAAGCGUUUGAAUGUCUUUUUGUCACAUACUUGGUGGACCAAUGGAAGCUGGAAGGUGUUGUCUUUGCUUUUUCAUUGUGGUUGGCUGCAUGCUCUUUUGUGCUGGCUUUUCGUGGUAGCAGUGACCCUGCUGCUUUGUCUUUUGGGAGCCCUUCCCAUGAGGCUCUCCUUCGAAACCCUAGGAACCAAUUGUGUUCUGACCUGCCCCAUGGGUUUUUGGAUCCUUCUCCUGGGCUUUUUGGGGCCAGUCUUGGGCCUCUUCUCUGCCAUCUACUGGCCAGAUUGCAGCACAAAGCCAGACACCUGUUUCAUUGAUGUGGCCAGCAUCCAUCAAACAGAUAAAGCGCAGAUGAAGCGUGGCAUUCUGGGCAUUGGAGGCUUUUUAUUGGUCUCGGACGAGCUCCGCAUUCUGUGGAGCCCGCCAUACCUCUCCAGGGCUUGGUGUGUCUUUGAGCUAGCCGUGUAUCGCAAAGGGAAUCCCCAUGGACGGGUCAAUCUCUCACCACUCUUCGUUGAGCAAUAUGUGGCCUUCACAUUUCUCGGAGAGUAUUUCACUGCUGUGGGCUAUUGGGCGCUUCGUAGCAGGAGCUCACACAUGGUGUCUUUGCUUCCAGCAUUCUUAGUUGCUUCUGUUCCACUGCUGAUUGCUGCACACCUGCUUCGUCGGAGCUUUUUGAGCAAGCACCAACUCUUAAAGCAAUUUGAGCAAUUUGACCUGGACACAGUGGAUUGCUACGACAAUGAUGACCGGCGCUUUAUCCACGCAGCGAUCAUUAAGUGGUAUGGCAGCAAAGCAGCUUUCAAUGAGUAUGUGCGGGGACCUUUACGUGCAGAGCUCAUGGGCCCCAUUCUCAGCAACCAUCUACCAUUGUCCUAUUUGAUGAUCUUGAUUGUGCCUUACCUGAACAUGUCACUGGAAUUUCUCGUGGCGAUGAUUCGAGGAGGAAGCUCCUUUGAGUGCCUCUUGCCCUUCGCACUUGCAGUUCUUUUCAGCGCGAACUUCAUCUUUUUGCCAGCAUGCGUAGAGCUGCUCUUCUUGCUGUGUGACAAGUUUGCAGCCCCAUGCUUUUCCAGCAAUAUCCUAGACUGUAUGCAGACCCUCCUUAUCCACUUGCUCUUCAUGGUCUUUGCCGUGGGGGGGCUCGGUGGCGCUACUGUGGCAUACAGGAACGGUUUGUUGGCAGCGGUUUCGUGCUCCUUCAUUUUCCUCCUGCUGCUGCUUGGUCUCCUCAAAGUCAAGCACAGUCGACGCAAGAUCAAGGUACCUAGCAGCUCCCAAUUAGCAGGAGAGUGA